GCCCGGCCCUGGUCGUGCCCGGCGCUAAAUUUAAAAACGUAGCACAGGCUGGUCCCGGAAGCGAAGGAACCCGCCCCGCACCCGGGUAGGCCCUGCUCCCGCCAUUUUCCGCGCGGCGGGGGCUGCGGUGGCGGCGCCGCGCGCGCCCAAGAAGGCGGACGGUAUGGCCGCCGACCUCGACCGCGGGGACGGGGCUCGCGCCCGGCAGCUCGUGGUCCUGCUUCCAGAAUAUUUGAAGGAUGCUUCAAAGAAGAUGAAACAUGGACUUAUGUUUGUAAAACUGGUUAACCCAUGUUCAGGGGAAGGAGCCAUUUACUUGUUUGAUAUGUAUCUACAACAGCUGUUUGAAGUAAAAGUUUUCAAGGAAAAAUACCAUUCUUGGUUUAUAAAUCAAUCAGUUCAAUCCGGAGGUGCUCUCCACUUCGCCACCCCCGUGGACCCUCUGUUCCUGCUUCUGCACUAUCUCAUGAAGGCUGGUAAAGAGGGCAAGUUUCAGCCCCUAGAUCAAGUUGUGGUGGAUGACAUAUUUCCCAAUUCCAUCUUACUGCUAAAACUUCCUGAACUUGAAAAAUCACUUUGCCAUGUGACAGAGGAAAAAGAAAUAACCAACAAGAAAUACUACAAGUAUAGCAAAGAGAAGACUUUAAAGUGGCUGGAAAAAAAGGUUAAUCAGACUAUGGCCGCACUAAAAACCAAUAAUGUAAAUGUCAGCGCCCGGGUACUGUCAACUGCAUUUUUCUCCAGUGAUCAAGUUGCCAGUGACAAGGAAGAGGAUUAUAUUCGCUAUGCCCAUGGUCUGAUAUCUGAGUACAUCCCCAAAGAAUUAAGUGACGACUUAUCCAAACACCUGCAGCUUCCAGAGCUUCCAGCUUCAUGGCCAAAUCCUCCAUCAAAGAAAAUAAAGUUAUCAGAUGAACCUGUAGAAGCAAAAGAAGAUUACACUAAGUUUAACACUAAAGAUUUGAAGACUGAAAAGAAAAAUAACAAAAUGACUGCAGCUCAGAAGGCUUUGGCUAAAGUUGACAAGAGUGGAAUGAAAAGUAUUGAUACCUUUUUUGGUGCAAAAAUUAAAAAAAAAACUGGAAAGAUUUGAAAAGUUGAGAAUGAAAUCUA